UUAAUUACCGCAUAAAUUAGUGUAGGAUCUGGGGGAAAUUAACGAUGUUGCAGCACCUACCACUCUUGGUUGUGUCAUUUCGGUCUCUGCAAUCCCCUUUGGGAGCAGAAAAGAUACCAUUUUAGGUCGCACCCCUUCGAUAUUUUGGAUCCGCCCCUGUAAGCAUACUUCCAAUGCUUUAAAAACUUGCUUGCGUUUUUAAAAUGUAUUUAAAUAACUUGACAACGUAUCAGAGUUAUCCUUCUUGGAAUCUUGCCUAAACGCGUUAAGAAAAUUAAAUGGCGAGCAGAGAAACAUAGACAUUAUGGGACAGACUGAUUACAUCACAGCACUGUGUUCUGGACUUCGUCAACUUUACGAGGCCUCUCAGUACAUAGAUGUGGAGAUCGUUGUUGAAAAUAAGACUUUUCACUGUCAUAGACUGGUUCUAUCGGCCAUGUCGCCCUAUUUUGACGCUAUGUUUUCUUCAGGAAUGAUAGAAUCCCAAAAUCACAAAGUCAACAUUCAGAAUGUCACAAGUUGUACCUUUGAUCAAAUAAUCAAGUUCAUUUAUGGUGGGAAUCUCGAAUUGGAUGAAGAAAAUGUCGGUGAAUUGUUGCAAGUAUCAGUCAUGAUGCAGAUAAAAUGUCUUCAAGAGCGUUGUGAAGAGUUCAUGAUAUCGAAAGUGGACACUGAGAACUGCAUCGGCACGUGGAAGCUUGCUCAGGGUCAUGGCUGUCAUUACUUAGCACAGAAAUCUUUUAGAUUCAUAUUGCAUUACUUCACAAAUAUCUGUCUAACCGAUGAUUUUAGAGCCUUGGAUGUGUACGAAGUUACAAGUAUUAUUAGUGACAAUGAUCUCAACGUAAAAGACGAGGAAAUCGUGACCGAGACAGUAUUUGAUUGGGUUCAUGCUGAUAUCGAUAACCGGAAACAACACAUCAAAACCUUAUUCGAACAUUUAAGACUUCCUCUUCUGCAACCAGAAUACUUACUAGAAGUUGUUGAACAAAAUCCUUUGAUUAAAGAUGAUAAGGAAUGCAAAGAAAUUCUUGAUGAAGCUAAGCGGUAUCAUUUAUUACCAGCUAGAAGACAGGAGUUUAUGUCACCAAGGUUGCUUUAUCGGAAUUCCGGAGAUUUUGAAGAAGUUGUCGUCUGCAUAGGCGGAAGUGAUGAAAGAGAGCGCACAACAAGAGCAGUCACAUGCUGUCGUUCAAACCUGACGUGGAACUACCUUGAACCGCUGCCCUACGAUCCUGGCGUUGAAUUUGCAACCUGUUCCUAUGGAAACGCAAUAUUUGUGUCCGGUGGAAGCUCAAAAUUGAAAGGAAUGCUGUGCUACCAUAGUAACUGGAACGCUUGGACAAAGUGUCAGUCGAUGUUGCUGGGAAGAAGACGUCAUUCUAUGGAAGCAGUGGGAGAAUCUGUUUAUGUUCUUGGAGGAUAUGACGAUGGAAAUGAGGAAGGGUUCCAAACGAUAUUAGCAUUAGAGAAAUUUACGCUAUCUACUGGUGAAUGGGAAGAUUGUGGCUAUCUCAGUACGCCUGUUCGCUCGGCUUCUUCCGCCGUUGAUCGUGAGAAAAUAUUCCUGUUCGGUGGGGUGACGGGAGAAAACUUUGACACAAAAAUUGUUCAGUGCUUUGACACUCGCCGUAACAUAUGCACUGUCAUUUCUCAACUUCCGGUUUUCUGUCGUUUAUCGUCUGCUCUUGGAUAUCAAAGAAAAAUUCUCAUCAUAUGUCCUGACGGGAAAGUACUGUCGUUUCAGGAUGGAACGGUGGAAGACCUGGGGAGCAUUUCAGGAUUUGAACGAUAUAGUUUUGGUUCAGUAUUGCAGGGGAAUUAUGUUAUUAUUUACGGAGGAAUCAAGUCAUCAGAAAUAUUUGAUGAAGUUGUUUGUUUCAAUAUAUCAAAUCGAACAGCCUCAUUGGCAGGAACGUAUAUGCCACAAAAACUGUCCGGAUUUGGUUGUGUAAAGUCAGUUAUCCACAAGAAAUAUUUGAAUAAACCUGUGGUUUAACAUGUAA